AUGGCUGACACCGUCACCUACACCGACCUGAAAUUCGUCAAGUUCCCUGUGAAAGAGGCGCCGAGCGCAGAUGAAGAUCUGACCUAUGAGAACGUCAGCGGUUUGAAACCAACCCAAGAAGAAUCGUCUGUCGGCCCCUCGAGGGCCCGGGGCCAAUGCCAGCCCGGGGCGGGUAAGAUACCAGCUUUACCUUUAUUGCGGGACUCGGCGGCUGGGUUUUUUUGUUUUAGUUUUUACAGAUCACAGCGUAUCGUUCGAUGUUCCGUGGAUCUUCCAGACAUCAAAACGAGGAGCGACCCCCAACGAACCAACCGACAACAAGAAACGCGUCGGCCGUGGGCGCUCGCCAUUCCUCUGGUGCUUUGUCUGGUGUUUUUCAUAAGCGCCAUCGCAGUGACCGUGAAAUUCGUCCAGCUCUCCAGAGAAUACUCUGAGCAGAACAGCAGUCUGUCUGAGACGAUCCAGAACCUUCUAGAGGAGAAGGCGCUGAGCCGAGGCGAGUCCCAGAAGCAGCUCCAGGCGCUGGAGGAGGGUCUGGGGAGCGCCAACCGCAGCCUACGGCAAUGUCACAGGGCCCAGGAGGAGUCUGCGGAGAACGUGCGCGGCCUCAGGGAGCGGCUGGACGAAGCGCAGCGAGACGCAGCCGAGACGCAGCGGGAACUGGGAGACACGCGCUCACAACUACAAGCGCUCCGCGAGGGUCUCUGCCCCACAGACUGGAUCUUUUAUAACAUGAAAUGCUAUUUUAUUUCUAAAGAAAAAUAUAGUUGGUAUUCCAGUAAAAGCCAUUGUGAAUCUCUGCAGUCUGCGCUUGUUACGGUGCGACAGGAUGAUACCAACCUCCAGGCAUUUCUGGCAGCCCGUCUCGUUACGUUCUGGGUCGGGAAGGAGAUCUAUUGGAAUGAAAACUCAUAUUCAACGAAUGUCGAGUGGAGGUGGCCUGCAGAAAACAGAAUAUACAAAAACCAGUGCGGCGUAUUCCGAGACGGGCAGCUGGCGGCUGAUGAGUGCCGGGAGAGUCGUCCGUACAUCUGUGAAAGGAGUUUAGUGCUUCUAGGCCUCAAGCCUCAAGAUAAAAAUCCACAAUACAAAAUGAGUGUCAACGACGUAAAGUUUAACUGUUACCAGUGCGCCUGGUGCCGAGCGACAAGAAGAGCUGGAGAGUACGAGGAGGAUUAAAGGGUUAAACACCGAAACCUGGUGAUCCCAUAGCCAGGACUUUAUGGAUUUAAAUAACUUCAUGCAAAUUUCUAGAAAGUUCUGCCAAUACAGGCGGUCUGGAGUGAAUGAAUGUCCCUGUAAAGACUGGUGGAGCAGAAGCCACGCGGUCCGCGGUCCGCGCUCCACGGAGAGAACCAAACAAACAAACAAGACGACUAAAGGAAAUUACAGCUACAAAAUGACACCCCUCACCUCCGGCCCUACCUCCCUGACAUCUGGCCCCACCUCCAUGGCCUCUGGCCCCACCUCCAUGA